CAGGUGUCUGCUGGGCGGCUGCACAUUCGGAGCCAAUGGAGGAAUGGUAACAAGGCAGCAUGGCGGACCGAGAGAAGCGGAAAGUCAGCACACCCUCUGGCCGCAACAACAUCCAGGUGAAGUCCCCGGCCAGCUUCAGGUUGACCCAUGACAUCAGCCUGGAUGAAUUUGAAGAUGACGACCUGUCGGAGAUUACAGAGAUCACGGACGAGUGCGGGAUGAGCCUAAACUUCAAUGGCCCGGAUAUAAAGGGCCGUGUGAGGCGAGGAACCAAUAGCCUGUCAGGGAGGGCCGAGCUGGGUGCUGUUGGCCAGCUCCAGGCAGAGAUGCUGCAUUUGGAACUUAUCGACGGUGCUGACGGUUACCACGGUGACACAGAGUCCACGAAGGCAUCUGCCAUCGCACCCCCGCCUCUCAUCAAGGACCCUGCAGCAGCACCUGUUACCAUGGAUACGUACCGCCCCAAGAGACCCACGACCCUUAACCUCUUAACGAUUGUACCGCGCACACAGGAUACAUUAAACAACAACUCAUUUGGGAAGAAAUACAGUUGGCAAGAGAAGGUUUCAGGCUCGUCCUCGCCUCUUAAAACAGGUGAACGCACCCCUCCACGUGAGCACAGUUGUCUGAGCGACGAGGACAAGUGUCAGGGCGGGGGAGCGCAGACCAAAGACCGCGGGACGUCCACUGACGCCCCCUGUAGACACAACCACACCUCUGGACACACGAAAGGCUCAUCUACAACGGCUGCCACUCGCUCCAAGCUUCAGGAGAAGCCCCCUGCGCCACCCCCACCGCAGAACUACACUCCAGCUCCUCUAUACCCAGCGGGGAAGGUGGAUGGAGGUGCUCCCCACAAGGAGAGGAUCCGCUACCAAACGGAUGUUCAUCUAGAGCCCACAGAAGAGAUCUAUCUAACUCCUGUGCAGCGCUCCGCCGACUCACUAGACCCCCCUAACUCGCAGGACCGGCCUUUCCUCUCGCAGCAGACUGAGCAGGGCCGCAUGUCUAUCAGCUCGGACACAGAGGGCCCGCCUCCUUACCAGCCCCUUCCAGACCGGACAAACACCUCCAUCUAUGAGGAGGACGAGGUCUAUGUCCCCCCGCCUUCAUAUGCUUCUUGUAUAGAGGCCCUGAUCACACCUCCCUCAGCUCGCUCCACCCUCACGCUGGACCUAAGCCGGAAAGGGUCAGGAACGGGGGCCGGGGUCAUGCUGAGACCCGGAUCAUCGGUGGAGUACGUGGAUGCCACCGAUGAUAGCUACUGUGGGGAGGAUGAGGAUGUGGACAGGAUAAUGAUGGACGGACAGACGAGGAAGGGGGAAGGGAUCGGGGAUGGCGGUGGCAGCAAAGUCCCACUACGGACUUCCAUGAACUCAGAGGCAAGCGGCCUUUCAUAUGACUCGGUCAAAUACACAUUGGUGGUGGACGAGCACGCUAAGCUAGAACUGGUUAGUCUGCGGCAGUGUUACCAAGGUUACAGUGAUGACAGCGACUCGGCCACCGUCUAUGACAACUGCGUCUCUUCUCCCUUCGAGUCGGCCAUCGGGGAGGAAUAUGAGGAGGAAGAUGAGGACGAUGAGGACGGCAUUCAGAUAGGAGGAGUGAGGAGAGAGGCAACAGCUUGUCUGUCGGAAGAUUCCACUCCGGAAGUCGAUCUACACUUUUCCAAAAAGUUCCUAAACGUCUUCAUGAACGGACACUCUCGCUCCUCCAGUGCAGAGUCCUUUGGCUUAUACUCUUGUCUAAUUAAUGGAGAGGAGAAGGAUCAGAGCCACAGAGCUGUCUACAGGUUUGUCCCUCGGCAUGAUGAUGAGCUGGAGCUGGAGGUGGAGGAUCCGUUACUGGUGGAGGUCCAGUCAGAGGACUUCUGGUACGAGGGCUACAACAUGCGAACUGGUGCCCGUGGGAUCUUCCCAGCUUAUUACGCUAUAGAGGUGACGAAGGACGCUGAGAGCUACAAAGAUGCAGAAAAGAGCAGUGAAUGGAUGGACAGAUACCGGCUGAAGUUCCUGGGCUCAGUUCAAGUGCCCUUCCACAAAGGAAAUGAUGUUCUGUGUGCAGCUAUGCAGAAGAUUGCCACCAACAGACGGAUGACCGUCAAGUACAACCCUCCUUCCUCCUGCAUCCUGGAGAUCAGUGUGAAAGGCAUCAAGCUUGCAGUUCAAGAGGAUUAUUAUGCAUGUGACAGAAGUAACGAGUGCAGCCACUUUUUCCAGCUGAAAAACGUCUCCUUCUGUGGGUAUCACCCCAAAAACAGCAAGUAUUUUGGUUUCAUUACUAAGCACCCAGCAGACCAGAGAUUUGCCUGCCAUGUAUUUGUGUCUGAGAACUCCACCAAACCUCUAGCAGAGUCAAUAGGGAAAGCCUUCCAGUUGUACUAUAAAGAGUUUGUGGAUUUCUCGUGCCCUACAGAAGACAUCUACCUGGAAUAGCCCUGCCUUCAACCUCAGCCCUGUACAGUACACUGUAUCAUAACAUAAUGUUGCAUGAAGGACAGACAUAUCUAACAUUAAGAACAAAGAAGAACAAAUACAAAAUCAUCACAUCUGACAAACAGUCAGGACAAGAAGGAUCACAUAUUGGAGCUGUGGGGAAGCCUUUGUGCCGCAAGAAGAGAUGAAAAAAUGAGCCAUAGUGUCUUUGGAAAAGAAAGAUAUGCAAAAUGGUGUCAGUGAUGAGAUGGUGAAUUGGAAAGCACAACUAUGAUAUCAAAGCAGCCUUGGCAACACAAAAUAGCCUGCAAUGUCAUCUAACCAGGUGUAACACUGAAAGCCCAGGAGCCGUACUGACCUGGACCAGUUUGAAUUUGCACUUGACAAAAAAAGGGUUUAGAUUUGAAUACACAAGAAGAGUUUGCUUUGACUAUAAAUAUUAAGAGUCUGAGCACUGAGGAAGUGUAUAUUUUCUAAAUAACAUCUGCACACUGAAAAUGUACACUGAGUAAAACAAAUCCAUGUUGGAACAGUGACCUUUAUUCUUCCGGAACUCCUGAUAAGAAGGUGAUAUCCGGAAUAGUUCAGUAAAAGUUCAAGAAAACCCUAAAACACUGUUGUAAAACCAUAUAAAUACUCAUAAACACCGUUAGAAAACCAGCUAUAGAUGAUAAGCUCUUGGCAUUUGUGGGUCUCUUUUAGAGAGUGAUUCCGGUGCAUGAAACCCUGUUUUUCCUUCAUGGGUAGCUUUUAAACAAAGUCAACGUUGUAGCUGAAUGAAUUAUAAGUGUAGUGACAAGGUGUGAUCUAUCAGUGGUGUAAAAUGCCAAAGGUUGCAUAGCUAGGGUGUCCUGCAUCUUGUGUGUCAAGUUCUUUAGAGUCACACCCUUUCAUCAAUGUUCUGCAACGGACAGGGAGAGAAGAGAAUAUAAUCCACAGGAUAAAAGCAGAUGGUAAAAUGCUUUAAUUUCCAUGCUAGCAGAUCUGGUCUGUGGUAGGCUGAAAGGCAUUGCAGGUACUGUAAAAUGAAGGUAACAAAACAUUGAAGCAAGAGUAGGCUAGGCAGGGACAACUAAACAUAUUUAACACUGAACCACAAAUAAACACUGAAAUGCACACAAAAACAGUGUGAGGGUGUACAAGAGUGGAUUUGUAUUUCAAACCUUUUAGCAGUUUCCAUGGUACUGUAGUCCUAAAAUAUAAAGCCCCCACAAUUUGCCCAGUAAAGCCAUAAACCUUUAUUCCUAGCAACACUGCGCUUUUUUACUGUGUGUUCUUACUAGGUAUAAAAUCAGUGAUGGAUAUGUUGAAAGAAAGGACAUCUGGCUUAGGCAUUUUGGUGGUUUAAGAAGAGUUCUGACGUACAGAAUUGUCUUUCCUGUGGGUUUUUUCGACUCUCGCUCCUCAUAGUUUACACAUCAGAAACAUGAAAGGCUCUCAGUGUGGCGGCGAUCAGGCUGAUUCUCAGUACAGAAGUUGCUGACAAGGGAGGAAAAGCAAGACUCUGGUGUCUUCAUAUCUUUACUAGUAGUGCCUCUUUUUCAUCAGAUCAUAGUGACCUUCCUCAGUGAACAUUAUCACAUUUUAACAGAUUGCCAUCGAGUGUGUGUUGAGUUCAAGUCUGAAUGCAAAUUGUAAUGAGGGAGUGUUGUUUAUGUGACUUGGCACUUUUUUUCCACUGAAUGUGCUGUGCUGUACCUCUGCUGUCACCGGUCACAUCUUACUACAGUCAAAUAGUUGCAACACUGAGCCUGUGUGCACAUUCUUCAGGUGUGUACAUACAUAAUAUACAUAGGAAUGUAUUCAAAACGCAAAUGAGGCACCUUUAAUAUGUUAAGGAAUAUAAUUUCCAAAACUGCAGCCAGCAGACCAAUGGCCACAGGUCAGGAAUGGCAACAUGUUGCAUGGCUACAUGGUACCUCGGAAAUAUUGCUGGAAUAAGGUUUUUACAUCAACGCUAUAGCUGUUGGCUGAUGCUAGCAAUUACAGUAGAGUAAAUCAUUGAAAAAUAAACAAUUGCCACUGUUUUAAGUCUAUCUGGGUCCAGCAUGGGUACAGCACAGUUGUUUCUGCUGUGAAAAACAACAGAGGAUGUGCUUCCUACAUGAAACUAAAAAGACAACUAACACGAAAACAGAUUAUUCUAUGUGAUCUAUAUUUAACAAAAUAUACAAUGUCUGUGAAAGAAAGAUUAUCUAAUGAAGAAUGUGGAAAUUGUACAAUUCAGCCAUCUCACCAGUCUCAAUGGUUCGUUCCUUUGAAAAGAAAAACCUGAACAAAAUAAACAGCCGUCUGUUGUUGCUGAUCAAAGCCUCAUGUUAGCAUAAGGAGAUCAGCACUGACUUUUGAAUAAAUUCCCUUCUCAAGAGCCAAUCAGACAAGUAAUGACAACAGAAAAUGUACUGGAAUGGAGGCUAUACUAAGGGUGUAUAGAUAUGCCAUAUAUAAAUAAAUAAUUUAAUAUCUGUAAUUACAAAUAUUACAUUGUAUUGAUUCAGUAUGUGAAAUUGCUCUUUUUUUUAGGUGUGAAUUCUUUAUUUAAACAUUUUAAUGCAGAUCU